AUGCCCGGUCCUCUCAUAUUCAGCAACCCCUUUGAUUACCACGCCAGACAUUCUCCCGCCCAUACCCCUUGCGUAGAGCGCCCAAACUCUCUCUCCCGUUUCGACUCUCACUCUUGCAAACCCCAUCCAUUGUCACGUCGCCACGGCCCUCACAACCAAGACCUCUGUGAAGCUGACAUCUGGACACUCGAUCACACUGACACCGGCGGGCGCUGGUGUUCCCCGGUCAACGUCCAGUCGGACGAAGCCUACUCUCAGCCGCGACCUCGCAGGAACGCUAUCACCUCUAUCACACUCGAAAGUGACGGGAAGGCGGCGAUGGUGCCCGACGACUUUCACUACGCUCCCGAGAAGCCAUCGCUGUCACGAAAGAAGACCAAUGUAUUCGACUUGAUCAAACCUGUGGAUGACUCGGCAGACAAGCCUUCCCCUUCCGUCGCGAAGACAAAGACAGCCCACAAUCCGCAAGAUCUCUGCGAGAUCACAGUCAACCUCACCCCGACCGUGAACUUCGGCUGCUUUGAACCCUCCCGUUCAGAGUCGACCGAGUCGACCGAGUCUGUCGAUUACGUCACAUACCAGCGUCGGCCAGCACUUGGGCACAUAUUCGAUGCUUGUCCUGGGUACCCUCAAGUCCGGUCACCUGCCGCAGCGACAGGUCUUCCUCAAACUCGGGUGGAAGCUGAGAUAGCGGAAAAUCUGGCAAAACCUGGUGAUAGCGCUGGAGCUCGUAGGAGGCCUGAGUUACAUCGUAGGGUAUCGAGGUUCACAUUCGUGAAGGUGAAGACGUUGUUUGAACGCCGAUAG